AUGAUGGCAGUGGGUCCAAAAAAAAAGAAGUCAAAGGCGCAGAAGGAGGCCGAGCGCCUGCAGGCCGAGGAGGAAGAGCGCAAGGCGGAAAUCUUGCGAGCCAAGCGGGAGGCAGAGAGGAUUCGGAAGGAGGCAGAAGACGCCAAAAGACUCAAAGAAGAGCAGAUCGCGGAUAGGACAGAGGAACUCGAACGCCUCUCUAACGAGCUGCAAGAAGCACAAGAUCAGAUAGCCGAGACAAAAGAGAGGCUACGGUGGGCGGAGAAACUGGAAGCAGUGCAGUCGUCGUGGGAGACGUACACCAAGUGUGAUCCACGUCCGGAUGCCGCCAGCGAAAAGGCCCUCAACACAUUCCUCAGCCAAGGGGCGGAUGAAGAGGUGCCAGAGUUGGACCAGGCGAUGGAGAGAUGCGUCUACGGAGAGUCGAUCGCGGCCGACUUGCUCAACGAUAUCGGCCAAUCGCUGGAGAACGGUGACAUCUCGCGAAUGGCCCGAAACGAAGAGUUUCUUGAACUCCUCCGAGGCCUGUCGUUCGACAAGAUUGACUUCGCCACCGCUCAUCUCCUCAGCCACUGGGAUUCACUCUCUGGGGGAGACGAGGAUUUCGACCGCACGUGCAUGACAGCGGGCGGGAUCCGCGUCGGGGUGUGGGUCAACGUCAGCCUCAAGGGUUUCCGCAUGAAGACGGUGGAUUUUGCCGCGGCGGGGAUGAGCACGGACGUACCGCGACCUCUUUCCGGCGCAAGCGUGGCCGUUCGGAACAUCUUCGUGCCCUACCGCUUCGUGCGCAACCAAGGAAACAACAACGGCAACAGCAACAACGACAGCAUCGGAGCCGGCAGGGUUCCCGGGACAACAGUGGGGGGGGAUGACGCAGAUGGAUCUAAUACCAACACCGGUCCGGGGGCUGUGCCGAAUGAUGGAUCAGCGCAAAAGGCCUACACUACCCACGGUACACAGGACGAGAAGAUCGUGCUUGGGGGCACGUUCUUCUUGGAGAUCGUAGCCCUUCCACCGGGAAUCAAGAAAAUAAAGGGAUGGGUGUUUCGCGCGGAGACGGAGCUUUCCAAGGCCGUUGCCCGGCAGACGUACCCUCUCGAAUGGCGGUCAACGCGGCUCUAG